CUGCUGUCUGUCUGCGUACCACCCCAAAAUCGACGGUACACGUCUGUGUGACAAGGAGGAAGGGAAAGCGUGGAGAAGUCUUAAACCUCACAACCUUCCCUCUAGCAAACGAAUCUGUGAUCAAAUUCCCCAAUUUCUAAUGGCCUCUGGAUUUAGCGGCGAUGAAACAGCGCCGUUCUUCGGCUUCCUUGGCGCUGCCGCUGCCCUUGUUUUCUCUUGCAUGGGAGCUGCUUAUGGGACUGCCAAGAGCGGUGUUGGAGUUGCCUCAAUGGGUGUGAUGAGACCGGAGCUUGUGAUGAAAUCAAUAGUUCCCGUAGUCAUGGCUGGAGUUCUCGGUAUCUAUGGAUUGAUCAUUGCUGUUAUUAUUAGCACUGGGAUUAACCCAAAAGCCAAAUCAUAUUACCUCUUUGAUGGUUAUGCUCACCUUUCUUCGGGUCUUGCUUGUGGUCUCGCUGGUCUUUCUGCUGGUAUGGCUAUUGGUAUCGUUGGUGAUGCUGGCGUUAGAGCUAAUGCACAACAGCCAAAGCUUUUUGUUGGCAUGAUUCUCAUUCUAAUCUUUGCUGAGGCACUGGCUCUGUAUGGACUCAUUGUUGGCAUCAUCCUUUCUUCCCGAGCUGGCCAAUCCAGAGCUGAUUAGGAUACCUUGUUGUUGGCAUCACUUGUUAUUCUGAGGUUGGUGAUGCUAGCAAAGAGUGUGCAUGUGUUUUCAAGUUAAUUGUCAUGCAUGUGAUUUCCUUCAAAUAUAUUAGCGUUGAACUUCAAAUAAAGUUGUCAUCAUUCUUAACAUUUUUGUUGUAUUCUACAUUUAUUUAGUUCAAACUUGGAAAACUAGUGUGCAUAUUAAGGUUAUCUACUUUUUUUUUUUUUAACGAUCA